CUAAACUUAAUUUGUAUUUUCGCUUUCACUCUCUAGAGAUCUACUAACUUCAGAAAAUAAUGAUAGUUUGAAAUAGAUCUAAAACUAGAUUAGAUGAUCUGGCAGCACUCCUCAUGAUGCCUCAUGUAACAUGUACCAGCUAAGUUGAAUAGAGUUUGGAGAACACUAGAUCUAGUAAUAAAUAUGGCACCAAAAAAACUGCCAAAAAACAUACAGCUGAAACUUGACUUCUCUGAUGAAUCUGAUGAGGAAGGAAUUAAACCUUACCAACAAGUUACAGUGAAAAAACAAUCUGUAAUUACCAAACAAAAAUUAAAGCCCAAUCAUGAAGAUGAGAAGUUUGGAAAGGUCUUUGAAAAUAAUGUACCAAUACAUGCUGUUCAAAAGAAUCUGGUAAAAACAGAGCACUCUGCUGACUUAGCAAUGGAUUCGAAAAAUUGGCACUUAUCCACAACUAAGUCAAGGGAGUGUAACGAGAAAAUCUCAGGCUCCCAGAACCAAUGUAGUCCUUUAAUUCAGGAAAAUGAAAUUAGCUUUGAUUCUGAAGACAAAGAAAAAAAUUUGAAAGUUUUUUGUAAUGAAACUUUAGAAAGUGAAAGUUUUUACGAAGUCUUGGAUAUUUCCAUUCAGACUAGUUUUAAUCACCAAGAAGAGCAAAUAUCUAUGAAUGGCAGUACGAUGAAACAAGGAAAUGAUUUAAACUGCAAUAGUAUAAAUGAUAGUUUGUGUUCGUCAUCUAGUUUUGAAGUGCAAGAUAUGUCUAUUCAAACAAGUUUAGUAUGGGACAUGGACCACAAUAAAGAUUCUCAAGAAUCUCAUACUUUCUCUAAGGCUCAAGAAAAUAGUUCUCCAUACCAUAAUAUGAGUAAGUGUUCAGAAGCUUCAAGAGAUUUUGAAGAUUUAAGUAGCUGCAGUCAAGACAUGUACAAAACUGCAUAUGAAUCUUUCCAUGCUAGUGUUUUUAACCACGCCCCAAAAUCCCAUGAAAACUCAUACAGUGAAAAUUCUGUAAAAUUAACAUCAGCAACAGACUUGCUUGUCUCUGAUUCUGAGAGUGAUUGUGACAAUGCUAUCGAGACCACAGAGUAUUGUGAUGCUGAUGCAGCCAUUGAUGAAACAACAGAUGAGGAGAAUAAUAUAGUAGAAAAAAGUUUAGAAGAUUCUGCUAAUAACUGUAGCUCUCCAGAACUAUUGGAUAGUUCCAGUAAUGAAAAAGAGAGUACAAAGGUUUUUCGCAUACAGGAGCAAACACAUCAUAAAGUUAAAAACAUAAUAGCAAAUAAUAAAAGUAACAGUGAUAAUACAGAUGGGUCAAGUAUCUGUAAUGAUCAAGGGAAUAAAACGGGGAAUGUUAUCAAAACUACAAAGAAAGAUGCAAGAGCAGAUGAGGACAACCAAGGCAGCAUUGAUCAUGUUAUAACAAGCUUUGAGUCCUUGUCCUUUAACAGAACCAGAAGAAGAUACAGCAGCAGUUCUAGCGAUGAUGCCUUCGAUACUUUUCUAGACAAGAUAAAGAAAUCUGAUAGGCCCAUUGAAAAGCAAAUUAAAGAUACUGAAGUCUCACUUGAGGACUUUAUUGUAGAAGAUGAUGUAGAAUCUUCAGUAUCAGGUGGUGAGAGUGAUGAUGAACUGUUUUACAUUCAAGUUGAUAACAAGGUAGAAAAACAGAAACAGAAAUGUGAAGAAGCAGAAUAUUCAUAUUACUGUUCUGAUGGUUCCUCUAGCGAUUUGAAUUCAUCUGGGGAUGAUUUUCAUGAAAAUAAGGCACCCACUAAAGCUGCCUCAUGGAAAACUAGAUAUGAAGAAACCUCAGACGAUGAUGAUUUUUUACCAGACAUAGUCAGCCGAAAGCAGCAGAGUUUAAAAGAAAAUCUGGAUAAUAAUCUUGAGCCUAAGUCAGGAAAGCAAGUGGAAACAAUGUUUAAAAUUCCUGUGCCUCGCAAGAAAGAAAACGAUAGUAAAACUCCUUUCAAGUCCACAGAGUUAAGAACUAACUCAUCCACAAAUCUACAUACGGAUUAUCCUUGUGAUGGCAGGCAUGAUGAAAGUGCACAUUUUCUAAAAUCUCUGAAUAGCAGCUACCCAGAACGUAAUAGACACCCAACUGCUGCUAGAUAUAUAAAACAUUUUAAAACAACAAGAGCUGAUUUAACAAGGCAAAUAUUUCAAAUUUUCAAUGAGCAUGUUUUUAGCAACAAGCUUUCUAAAGAUUUUGUUAUAGAAUGGAGCAAACGAUAUAGAUCAACUGCAGGCACAUUCCACUUCAAAGGCAACCAAGAAAAUUUCAAGACAAAAAUAAUGCUAUCUGAAAAGAUUUGUGACUCCCCAGAACGAGUUAGAGAUACCCUUGCCCAUGAGCUUUGUCAUGCUGCUGUUAGAUUAAUCAAUCAUGCAAAUGAAGGGCAUGGACCAUUAUGGAAAUCCUGGGCCAGACAAAUCAACAGGACGUUUCCUUUCUUGCCAGUGAUAGCCACAUGCCAUAGUUACGUCAUCAACACAAAGUACACCUAUCAGUGCGUCAAGUGCAAGUACAGGAUUGGCCGCCAUUCCAAAUCUCUUGAUACCGACAAAAAGGUGUGUGGAUACUGCCAUGGCAAGUUUGAAGUUUUUCUGACCAAAGACCUGUUGUCAGAAACGGAAGGCUCUGUCAGCAGUACCCCUGUCACACCCAGGACGCCUAACAAGUUUGCCUUGUUUGUGAAAGAAUGUUAUUCAGUCAAACGCAAAGAAACAGGUUUAAAACACUCGGACAUUAUGAAGAUCUUGAGUAAAGAGUUUGCAGAAAAGAAUAAAAUUAAUAACGAAACAUGAAAGAACUUAAUGCUAAAGUGGCUGAUGAAAAAGGGAUUGGAUUGUCUGUAAA